AUGGUAGACAAGAGAAAGGAGCCUGGCGCUCCAAAUGUGAAAAAUGGAAACGACGUUCCUACCAUCCUCCAAGUCUCCAGGCCAUUCUUCACUCUUGCUGAACUUUCCUACCUUCAUUCAAACACCAUCCCAGAGAACAAGAAACUAGCAUAUAACCAGAGAAAGCAUCAGAUCUUCCAGCUUUUAUUCCAAGUGGUCAAGAUCAUGAAAUUCCCACUUCGUGUGCUUGCAACUGCCAUGAACUACUAUUCCCGUUACUACCUCUUUAAUGUGUUUGAGGAACCUAAUGAUCAGAAUCCAGAGAGUGACUCUCUUACAGAGCUCGAGAAAGAUCCCUACUUGGUCGCAUAUACCAGUUUAUUCUUGGCCACCAAGCAUGAAGAUUGUAUUAAAAAACUUAGAGACAUGCAGCUGGUUGCUAACAAGCUUCGAGAGGUUGACCAGGAUGUCAAGGUGGUGAAUAAAAGCACUGGUACUCUGUUGCCGCUUAUUGAGAUGCAAAGAAAGAUCAUCAUGAGCUUGGAAUUCAAGCUUCUUCAGGUUCUCAAGUUUGAUUUCUUGAAUGGUGCUGCCAAUGUGCCCUCUGUGGAUUACUUGGUGACACUGUUUUCAAAAGAGUUGGGUCUUGAUUAUAGUUUAACGCUUUUCAGCUGGCUCGUGUCUUUUGAUAUCAUGUCUACACCAUUGUGUCUUGUCAUUCCACCUCAUUGCAUUGCCUUGGCCAUUGUCAUAGUAUCGCUCAAUUUGGCCCCUAAGGAUAUCAAAGCCAAGUAUGGCCCAACUGACGAAGAGCCAAAGGAUAUCAGUGAAAUACUAGAGAACAUAGACUCCAUGGGCAUGUUCAGGUGUCCAGAAACUUUGGUGAACGAAGGCAUUGUCUAUAUUUUGGACUACUACGUUCACCAGAUGAAUUUUCUGAUUCUUAAUGAAUACCUUCCUCCUGUUGACCCAGAUAGCGGCAAGGAGCAGAUCUUCAAGUUCAUGGAAUUGAAACUGCGUUUCAACGACUUGAAGGUGCUCAGUGAGCAAAGCGUUUCUGCCAACAAUCUUCUUAAACAGGACCUGUACUUGAGGAAGUGGGACUACUCUGUGGCAUCAAGAGGAGCCGCCCGUUUCAUCAUCAGUAAUAAGAGAAGACGUUUCGAUACAGAGUUUGCUGUCUUGCGUCCACAAAACAAACAGCAGAAGCAGCAACAACAAAAGGACCAAAAGGAGCAAAAUAAGGAUCUAGAGGAAGAACGUGAUGUGAAGCCGGAGCCAGCCAAGAAGGAAGAGAUGCUCGAGUCCAAGCUAAAAAAUCAAGAACUCUCUAACGAGUGCCAGGACACUACCGAAAAGGACGGAGAGGAACAGGAGAUCAAGAAGGAAGAGAUCAAGAACGAGGAGGUUAGAAAAGCGAACCAUGAAAGACUGAAGGAAGGCGAGAACGACCCCCCACAAUAA